AUGACAGCAGGCAGUGACUUUAGGAUCAUGUUGCCCGACAUGGGCUUAUCUCAUCUUAACCCUGCUCCUGGCCCAGAGACAGAUAGCCUCGGUAGCCAGCCGCGCCUGUUCAGAAAGCAUAAGGUUCUUCCACAUCCGCCUAGGGACGUUCCGCAACGGUCCAGCUUGUGGGACUAUGGUCUGGGGAGCGACGCCUUGUUGCCGCGAAGCGGCGACUCGAGUCUUUAUCUCCUCCAGAAGAGGCAAGCAAGAAGGGGUCCAGAACCUCCGCCCACGCCGCCGGCGCAUUCACGGGGUUCCUCGUCAAGUAAUGCGGUCAAUCCCCUGACUCGCCGGAGUGUGAGCGGCCCCUCGCGCAGCACAGCCAACACGCUGUCGCGUGGUCAUAUUACUCCUCCCGACCAACAGACACCACCAACCCCGAAUCUGACCCCAGAACGAAACCCUCCAGGCGUGGCCACUCGACAGACUCAGACCCGUCCGCCGAUAAGCGACAGGAUACCGUCAAAGAACACUAACGACUCGGGGACCGGUUCGUUCAUAACUGCACGGGAAAACGCUUCCUCUUCGGAUGACGAGGGAAGCUCGACGCUGCGUCCGAUACUGCCAUCGACCAAAACUUCACAGAGCACAGUCCGCCAGCUCAGUAAGGAGUCAAAGGGGCGGUCCGGUCCUGUUGGCUUAGGUCUAGGUCUUGAGUCAAACACUCCAGAAGAUUUCACUCCUAGGACAACGGGAGAAUUUCAGACAUUUGACGGGGAGUGGAUUGGCGGAGAUGCGGGACCAAGCGAGGUUGAAGUUGAGUGGGACGACAAUCUCGGGAGGAAUGUAACCGUAAAGAAGCGACGACCAACUGCUUCAAGGGAGGUGGGAAACCGGGAGGUCAUUGGUAACUCGACGCCGACGCAAACAAACGCCAGCAAGGCGCUACGCUCUGUGUCCCUGCAGGAGAGCCCGGUGGUUUAUUCUUCCCGCAGGGUUGUCUCUGAGAGGCUGCCAAACCAGAUUACUGCUUCAUAUUCCGACACGUCCAGCAGCAUCGAAUACAAGCGAUCCUCGAUCAUGUCUACCAAGUCGACCGCCUCGACGGUGGUGGAAGCGGUGCUCAUGGAAACUGCCCCUCAGCGGCGAAAGACAUUGCGGCAUAUAAGGAAGCAGAGCGCCUUGCGGGAUUCGGGUUCUGAAAUUUCUCCGCCGAGCUCAGCGCCAACUUCUGUCUCGGCACCUGUUGAUGACGUGCGCCGACAAGCUCCAGCAGCGUCCAGGCUUAGUGAUACCACACGCCAAAGCUAUGCUUCAACGGCGACAUGCAACUCAAUCUCCAGUCGCAAAGCUCGCCGAGAAGUGUGGAAGAAUGGAGGGAUCCCGGUUGUCGUCGUGCCCGAUCGUCGAUCGUCCAUCAAGGGAAAUAGUAAAGAACCGUCCUUGAGGUCGACGAGCAGCCGGCGAUCCCAGCGGAGCCAGAGUCUCGGCUCUGCUCCGAUCUCACCGACGUCCAAGAGCAAGGAUGGCGUUCCGCGUUUCGAACGACCCGACCGUCGGAGUAGGGCGCUCUCAGAGUCUGAUGGUACUCGGGCGGGGGAUGAGCGGACGAUAGACUUCCCGCCAGCCAUACCCGCUCGCUCGUCCUCUCUCUCCGCGCCCACGAGUCGAAUCGUGUCGAGGACCGGCUCGUUGACUGCAGAGAGCUUGAGGGCCCAUAACGCGUUCCAGGCACAGCAGGCGCAUCAGGCCUUGCAGAAGGCCAGUCGAGAACUCGAAGAUCUCUACGGCCGGAACCAGUCUUCUGCAAACGAUGAGAAAUCACGUCACCCGGAAAGGAGAGAUCAUCAGCCUCCCUCGCUUCUCGUGAAUGCCGAGAGUGAGCGCCAACCAGCUGUGUUAGUCCACCAUGCUCCUGAGGCGUAUUACACUCCACCUGAAGCCCAACCCGAUCGGUCGUCCCGUGGGCAUGGCGGCUUCGACUCGUAUGAAGCAAACAGCUAUGGGCUUGGUGCCGACGGGUGCGAGGAUACAUCCUUUGGGAAAAGCCUCUCGGUGCAAAAUACACCAUUUUCCGUCGCAUCAGUGGAGACGAAUGGGACGUCUCAUGCAGAGGUCUCCGAGGCCAUGGCUGUCAACAUAUAUCCGCACCAAAGCAAAUCCAUCGUCCUUGUUGAUAGCUCCACCAAACCUUCAGAGAGCAGCUUCUCCGGUCAAUCAAAACCACCCGAGGCAGAUAUCACAACGCUCAAGGUCACCGUUGCGAAUGGCGACAUCCCAGUGACACCCCCGCAGCAAUUCUCCCUGGACGACGUCGAUUCCCCCUUGAGAAAUCCGAGGGCGCCUCCUGCACCUCCCCAACCACCCGCCAUCAACUUCAUACCGGCCACACCAUCCGGGUUGACGCCGACGGUGGAAAAAGAGAAGCAGCUGGGAAACUACUACGAAAUAACUGCGGAGAAACCCAGACGGAGUCUGUCGCUCCUUCGACGAACUCUGACUCGCCGCCUCACAUCAGAAUAUGGGCCUUCGCCCUCUCGACCGGCAGGGCUGCUCACCCGGACCUUCUCUCUUUCGAGGAACGUCAGGAAACGUCCGGAUGACCGGUUGGAUGGAGACGCCCACAGGAGGCCCAGGUUGCAGAGACGCGCCUCAGCAGACGACUCGCCCAUGGAUGAGUCUAGGCUCCACCCUUUCUGGAGACCUGCGUACAUCGAAGAUGAGAGUUCUGAAGACGACGAGGACUGGAUUGGGGAACCUCCCGACGAUCGCACGUACAAAUACCCGCCUAUUGACAACCGACCUGCGCUUCCCCGGCGCAGCUUAAGCGCGCGGAUCAAGAGGACUUUCGCCAUCUUGCCAGUACGGAACGAUUUGGACGGUGACUACUAUCCAGCGAUAGAGCGCGACGAAACAGACCGUCGAACCAUCCGUCGCACACCUAGUGGCAAUCUCCGGGUGAUGAGAUUCCGGAGGAGUAUGGAGUCGCUGACGCGGAUUCGGGCAGAAGACGAUCGACCGUUCAGCGGCCCUGAUCAUGGGCAGCAGAGCGGCAAUGUCAAUGAAAAUCGAAAUGGCCGGUAUACACGCCUCUGGCGUUCACUCAGCGUCAAGGCGAGACCCAGGUUGCAUAGCCAUAGCCCUGCCGAGUCGGGUAGUCCGGGUUUUCUGCCUGCUCUGGGCCAGAAGAUGAAUCUUACACGCAGGCUAAGCGAGAGAAGACGCGAGAAGCGGACGCAAGAGCUUAGGGGCAUGAUCAGUGCGCCGAGGGAGGUCAGAGAUGGGGUGGGCGAUGUGAUUCGGCCGGGUACCUACCGGGAACCAAACGCCCGGCAAUACCAACAGGUUUAG